AUGCUACAGAAAGCUCCAUUUUUUUGCUCCAAAUCGAACUGCAAAUGUGACGGAUUCAAAACAAGUUUGCACUGCGAUUGUGGCAUCGAAUCGUAUAAACAUCAAAUGGUGGUAAGUGCACAAACAGAAACAGUGACUGAAAGACAUGCUCGAGGUCGUCCGAUUGGUAAGCCUUGUCCGUAUCAGGCAAUGGGCGGUCUGACCGGUUUCAGUUCUCUGGCCUCCGGAAUCGGGCGAAUGGAUGAAACCGGGGCCGGGGGACUUUUGACCGAGGAAGAAUUGAACGCACCAAUCACGUCCAACGAUCACCCGUUUUUGCGCAGCCAAGCACAAACGGUUUACGCGUACAAAUUGGCUCAGAACGAUAUUGAAGGGGCGGAGCGCGAACGACCUGAAGUGGAAUUCCAAAUGCGUCGUCCUGGAGAAUCUGAACUGGACUUUUACGAGCGUCGUUAUCAGGAGAGAGUAAGUUAUCAGCGUGGAUCAUGA